AGAGUUGCGGGCCUUGUUGUUUACCACACGAAUGUUGAGGCAUGGCGGCAAUGUUACGAUCUACACUAAUUCGAAAUUGUUCUCCCCAUUUACGGAUUUUAGAGGGAAAGUAUGUACAACUACAAUUUAGUCAUUUAGGGAGGAGUAAGUUUACUUCAACUCAACGCCUGAACCAGGAAUCUGUGACCGCGGGAGGGACUUCAAACAUUGAACAUGACAACUCAACCAGGGAACAUCCAGUGCCAGUUCUUGACUUGUCAUUUAACAGUGCUAAGGAGGCAUAUAGGAGCAAGACCACGCCAGAACUCCUGAGGGCCCUGUUCGUGUUCAACAUGUGUUCCAUCCCAUUUCUUGUCAACAACAACAAAAUUAUUUUAAAAUGGAGCCGCAAAGUAUUAGGGAAAAAACUCUUCUGUAACAUCAUGAAGGCUACAUUCUAUGGCCAUUUCGUUGCUGGUGAGGAUCAAAUAACCAUCCGCCCAGUCGUCAAUAACAAUCGCAAAUUUGGUGUCAAAUCCAUUUUGGAUUACAGUGUAGAGGAGGACCUCUCUGCCAAAGAAGCAAAAGAGGCAGAGUUGAAGAGCUGUGCACCCCCUGAUCUAGAACCUCUUAGUGCACAAGGACCAAGUGAUGAAUCUCCCCAGGUUCCACAGCCUAGAACUGCUCCGGAUGCACUUCGGUUCCAGGCUCACGAGGAAUUUCUGGACAGAAGAGAGGGGGUGGUCAGUGCCAGGACAUACUUCUACGAGGACGAGGCAAAGUGUGAUGAGAACCUUCAGACCUUCAAGGACUGUAUUGACGCUGUUGCCGGUGCUGUGCCGGAUGGUUCUGGAUUCAUUGCUAUUAAAAUGACAGCCCUGGGAAGACCACAGUUUCUGCUUGAACUUUCGGAGGUCAUCACAUCAUGGAGAAACUUCUUUGAGAAAUUCGCCAGGGAUAAGACCAAAUUCUCUGAAGAGGAUUUUAAGACGACCUUAAAUGAUUUCGGUGUUCAGGUCACACGUGACGACAGAAAGAGAUGGUUCGCAUUGCUGGACGUUACUUGUGAUGGGGAGGUAGACCUACUGGACUGGGACAACUUGCUGGACAUGAACACACAGAUGGGGCGCCACCUGGUGGUUCCUAAUGUCAAGACUGGAGAACUACAGCCAUUGGUUGCCUCACUCCAGGUCGAGGAGGAGGAACAGCUCAAUCAGAUGUUGUCAAGGCUCAAUGAAAUAGCAGAGUAUGCCAUCAAGAAGAACGUGCGGGUGAUGGUUGACGCUGAACAGACGUACUUUCAGCCCGCCAUUAGUCGACUGACCAUUGAAAUGAUGAGGAAAUUCAACAAAGAGAAAUCUGUCAUCUUUAACACCUAUCAGUGCUAUCUCAAGAAAGCUUUCACCUCAGUCACACAUGAUCUGGAAUUAUCCAAACGGGAAGAUUUCUAUUUUGGAGCCAAAAUUGUGAGAGGAGCCUAUAUGGAGCAAGAGAGAGAGCGAGCAGCCACCAUUGGUUACGAGGAUCCGAUCCAGCCGACCUUUAACUCCACCACCCAUAGCUACCACAGCGUAAUGGAGGAAAUAAUGACCCAGAUCAACCACAGACCCAAGGGACGGAUCGCAGUGAUGGUGGCCAGUCACAACGAAGACACUGUCAGAUUCUGUGUCGAAAAAAUGAAAGACAACAGCAUUGGACCACAAGAUAGACUGAUCUGUUACGGACAACUUUUUGGCAUGUGUGACCAUAUCAGUUUUCCUUUAGGUCAGGCUGAGUACUCGGUGUACAAGUAUGUACCUUACGGACCGGUGGAAGAGGUUCUUCCGUACCUCUCUAGAAGAGCCAUGGAGAAUAGAGGGGUUCUGAAGAAGGUCAAGAAAGAGAAGAGGCUGCUCUGGCAAGAACUAUGGAGAAGGUUAAAGAGUGGGGAGCUCAGAUACAAUCCAAUGAAGAUUUCUGCCUAAGAAACAUCCGGCUGUGCGGGGGAAUAUGUCUUCUAGAGUGUGAUAAGGAGACCAGGUCAAAGAUGACCCUUGUGUCCAAUCUCAGAAUUUUUUUUAACUGUGAACUGUGACCUUGGAUAAAAAAAGAACUAAAUUUACAUUUUGUUUAUCAAUGUAAACAAAGAGGCCCUCCAUCUUGAUGUAAAUCCUUUCAGUGUGCGUUAGUGAUCUACUUGAUGGGUCAGUCAUUCCAUGCAUAAUACUGCUGUCUUUUUCACCAUUAUAUGGUGCACUGUAUAUUGGGAUUGAAUGGUGCAUUUUAUGAUAUACUUGUUCUUUAAUUGUGUUUUCUUUUAAUUGUUAUACUACUGUGAUUUUUGCAGAAACUGUUGGAAUCUCUAUAACAUGAAUUUCAUUAUGUAGGACUCUAAAGAGUUUAUUUCAGUCAGAUCUGAUUUUUUAUAUUAAUAUAUAGAUUUGCCGCUUGAAAAUUGAGUUAUUGAUUGAUAUAUUGAAUGAGUUUUUAAUUCAAUGUUGAUUUAUUGUCUUAAAAGAUUCACAGAUAUAGGGAUCAUUUUGACAUUCCCCCAGAUUAAAAGUGCUAAUUAUGCAUCAUAAAAAAUAUUGUCCUACAAGGUUAAAUGCACUUGAUAAAUGUCAAAUACAGUUCCAAAUGAAAAUAAUAUCUGAUGAUUAAGGCCCAUUGAGAAUAAAUUGCACCCAAACCAACUUGUACCCAAAUAUUUGAGUACGACUUCACUAGUCAACUCGUACCCACGGGAAAAAUAUAUUUAUACUAGGAAAAUAAAAUUCAAUAGUUUUCAUUCAUAUGUUAUGUUUUUUAUUUAUAUUUUAUUUUUUUAUAAAAUAUGUUUUAAUUAUUAUAAUUAAAACAACAUCUAAUAUAGUGAUUUACUUACCAUUUUCUUGCAGGAAACACACCUGUCUCGAACCAUGUUGAUCUUCCAAAAGUGAUGAAAAUGUGUGUUUCUUAAUUAUGAGCAGCAUGUUUAUCAUAGUUUUGUGCUGACAAACUCAUUGGUUGAUCGGUUGAACGGAAUCACAUAAAGCAAUUAAUUUUAUUUUUAACUGAUGAUAGUUAACCUGCUCAUAAUCAUUCUUUGAUCCGUUCGCAUUCAAGUACAGAACUAUAGUAUACUAGAUUUUUAUAACAAAUUCUUUUAAAUUUGUUUUACAAUUCACAUAUUAAUGUUAUCGAUAAUAUACAAAACAUAACAACAUACGAAUAAAAGCCAUUCAUUUUAUUUUCUUAUAAUAAAUAUUGAUCUGACCGUAUUCAAAUACACUGAGAUCUAGGACUAGGACUCGAGUGAACCACAUAGUUUUGGGUACGACCUGACCAUUUGAGUACGAGUUGGUUUGGGUGCGAGUCGGGUUGGGUACGACUUGACUGUAAUUCAAAUAUACUGGUAGUUUUCAAAAUAUUGCCAAAGGUUUUUAUUGCAAGAACUAUUGAAUAACAUCACGAAAAUGCUGUUUAAAGCUUAAGUAUGUAUUGAGGAAAGAGAUAUUUUUUUUUAAAGAAUUUCCAAAAGGAAUCUAUGCAAAUAUCUUCAAGAUAAGUUUUUUUCCCUUGAAUAAUAUGAAAGAUUUAUAAUGUACUUUGCGCAUGGCUUUCUAUUGGGGUCAGCGCAUACUUGAAUUUUAUUUGUAUGCCACAAUGACAACCAAGCUGGAAUUAAUGAUGAAUUUUCAUGAUUUUGCUUUUGAAGUUCAGUGCUGUUAUACUCUUUCCCGAGUAUUUGCUUCCACCACUUUUUGCUUUGAUAUUUUGAUAAUCAUAAAUACCUUUGUGCUCAAACUAUGUCCAUCCACUAAUAUGAAAAAUGUCCAAAUUAUUUGUUUGAAACGCCCCCUCUACCGCUUCAGGUUUUAAUACACAUCCCAAGAUGAAAAGUCUACGGGGAUUUUGAAUUGCUUCAGCCAUUAAUAAGCCCGGAUGAUAACGUUGAAAAAUUGCACGAGAUAUCCCGAGUACCGGUACUUCCGAAUGGAGAAAAGAUGUAAACAUUUCCCAUUAUAAAUCUCCAUAAGAAAAUUGUUUUCGUUCCUGUGAACUUUUAUGAGUGGAAAAUGAUAAUUGUUCAAAGAAGAUAGCUUAGAUAUAUUCCCUUUCAUCGAUUUCAACUUUCUUUCAUAGGUAUGUGUAUUUUUAUCAAUAAUCAUCAAAAAGUGAUGGAAGCAAUAACUUGGGAUAGACUAUAGUAUGCUAAUACGACAUUGUUUGUACUAUACAUGCAUGUAGGAAGAAUUAGAUGUAAUGACAGCUUUUGAUGUGUACAUUGUAAGCAGCCGUUUAGACAUGCUACAUGUAUGUUUAAAAGAAAUACUUAAAGACAUGUUAUAUUUAUUUUUUUUUAAAUCUGAUGUGGUCGACAUUUUUUAGUAAUGUUUCGACAAUUUUUUCAUGAAAAUUAUCAGAGGGUGAAAGUCUCAGUCUAUUGAAUAAACUCAUGUUAUCUUACUCUGUUACAAAAUAAAACAAAAGUUUUAAAG